GCCACACCUCCAAACCAUGCCAGACAUUUUCGCUCCGGAGAACGAGUGGAAGUGCUACGAUCGUCGCUGGUGCCUCAACAACACUCCAAUUGAGCAGGUUGUUGCGGUUCGUGGUGUCAGGGACGCCUAUUUUGCCCAUUCUUUGUUUUGGUCUUUGUUCUUAAGCAUGUUCGAGCAGUAGCUUGCUACAUUGUAUACUAUUUUGCGGCAUCGGUUUGACAUCUCCGAUCACGCUUGAUUGACCUCAGUUCCUCCCGACUCCCCCAUACCUUUCCCCGCUCAAUAUGCUUCAGCCUCGGAUGGCCCUGACGGGCCUUCGGCUCCCUUUCAGAUGCUUGUCUUCGAUUGUCCCAACUCGGGCGUAUUCGACUGUGAUCCGCGAACAAGAGAAGCCGUCCGCCGACGAGCCUGCGACUUCGACAUUCGACCCGAGUAUCGCCUUCGCUCCUCCGCCCACUCGUGAUGAUGCGGGUAUUCUCCUACGUUCCUACACGCCACGAACCCCCGGUAUCAGACAUUUGCGCAGACCGGUCAAUGACCACUUGUGGAAAGGACGUCCGGUGCAAAAGUUGACGUUCCCUAAACGGGGUCAAAGCAAGGGUGGCCGAAACAACACUGGUAAAGUGACCGUCCGUCAUCAUGGUGGUGGUCACAAGCGCCGUAUAAGAAUGGUUGAUUUUGCCCGUGCCGCUCCCGGGCCGCACCUGGUGGAACGCAUUGAAUAUGACCCUGGUCGGAGCGCUCACAUUGCCCUUGUCCGUAGCCAGGAGACUCAGAAGGUGAGCUAUAUCCUGGCCGCGGAGGGCAUGCGCGCUGGUGAUGUCGUUCACAGCUUCAUGUCUGGUAUCCCCGAAGAACUCUGGAAGAGCAUGGGAGGUACUGUUGACCCUGGUGUUCUCGCUGCCAGAACUGCGUGGAGAGGAAAUUGCUUGCCGUUGCACAUGAUGCCUGUCGGUACUCUGGUUUACAACGUUGGUCUACGUCCGGGCGAGGGAGGUCAGAUCUGCCGUAGCGCUGGUACUUUUGCAACGGUCCUCGCCAAAGGUAUCGACAUCAAGGCCAAGCGUGAAUAUAAUGAUGGGGAGGAGGGAGUAGAGCAGAAGCCUCUGACACAACGUGAGAAGCAAAGAAAGGAGCGCAUCUCCCAACAUGUGACCCUCCGUCUGCAGAGUGGUGAACUUCGAUACAUUCACAAGGACUGCUGCGCUACUGUUGGUGUUGCUAGUAACCCCAACCACCAAUACCGCCAGCUUGGAAAGGCUGGACGUUCCCGCUGGCUGAACAUUCGGCCCACAGUUCGUGGUCUUGCCAUGAACGCUGCCGAGCAUCCUCACGGUGGUGGUCGAGGAAAGUCGAAGGGUAAUGUUGACCCGAAGAGUCCUUGGGGUUUGCCGGCGAAAUCUGGCUACAAGACCCGUCCCAAGUGGAAGAUCAACAAGGCUGUGGUUACCCCAAGAGAGCGCAACCAGGGCAAGCGUCGUCGUGGAUACCACUGAACACAAUUGCGGACAUGUACAUUUAUCCUUGUUUCUUGCACCUCCUUAUGGCAAUAUUACGGUUUUAUUAAGAGUGAUUCCACCAUCAUUCAGGGUCAGAGCUUGGUGAAGCAGGGCACAGUUACUCUGGAAUCUUUCAUCCGCCCAAGACCCUUCAAUUUGUGCUUGGGAAACAUCGCCUAUCCAUCUUGUUGUACUAUACUUCGUUUUGACUUGGCUGCUAUGGAGGCCCCAGCUGUCUAUAUGCCAGCCACUCUGCUUCUCAUCCCGGUACCCUUCAUGUCUCUUCCAUAUGCUCCGGCGUUCUUUGUACACUACGAGGGGUUAGAAGACAAUCCUGCUAUUAAAGGAACUGUUUCUGUAAUAUUUUGACUUCCAUUUAGAGU